UGUGUCUGCGCCGGACGGAGCUGUUCCUGCUGUGCAGGUUGUCUCGCAAAUGUACAACGUCAUGCCUAGAAAGAGAGGGGUCAUUGGCUGGCUGUGGGCCCUCACGGGGCAUCGCCGGGAACCGUGUAUGAAGCCAGACGUAGGAGGAGAAAUGCAAGUGAUGCUACCCAACCAAGCACAUGACCUAGUUAGCGCGGGCGAUGUGUGCUUAUUAGCCGAGAGCCCUUAUAGAAUACUGAGAGCGGCUGAAAGCGGAAAUGUGGAAGAUUUUAAGCGCUUAUAUUUGUCAGAACCUUCUCGUCUGUCUGUAUGUGACAAGCGUGGGCGUACUGCGGCUCAUCAAGCAGCCGCUAGAAAUAAUAUAAAUAUACUGCAAUUCAUCGUUUGCCACGGUGGCGAUUUGAAUGUCACUGACAACGCUGGAAACACGCCAUUACAUGUUGCUGUUGAAAAUGGUUCUCUGGAAGCAAUAGAGUUCCUGCUAAAUCAUAAUAUCAACACAAGCAUCUUGAAUGAAAAAUCACAAGGACCUCUACAUCUUGCAACUGAACUAAAUAAGGUGACAGUUUUGCGACUGUUUGUUAAAUACAAGUCAUCGUUUAAUGUUGACCUCGGCGGCGAGCAUGGACGUACUGCAUUGCACUUUGCAGCCAUACAUGAUCAUGAUAUAUGCGCUAGGAUUUUGAUCACUGAACUCGGGGCAGAAUGUAAACGGCCGUGUAACAAUGGUUACUACCCAAUACAUGAAGCAGCGAAAAACGCUUCGUCUCGAACAAUGGAAAUAUUUCUGCAAUGGGGGGAAUCUAAGGGAUGUACAAGGGAACAAAUGAUGUCUCUAUAUGACAAUGAAGGGAAUGUUCCCUUGCAUUCGGCUGUACACGGAGGAGAUAUAAGGGCUGUUGAAUUAUGCCUGAAGUCCGGCGCAAAGAUAUCUACCCAACAAUAUGAUUUAUCCACGCCAGUCCAUCUUGCGUGUGCGCAGGGCGCUCUCGAAAUAAUCGAGCUAAUGUUUCGUAUACAACCAGAAGAAAAAGUUGCCUGUCUCAAAUCAUGCGACGUACAGAAGAUGACACCGCUUCACUGCGCCGCUAUGUUCGACCACCCUGACAUUGUUAGUUUCCUGGUCGCUCAGGGCUCGGAUUUAAAUCCAUUAGAUAAAGAAAGGAGAUCUCCAUUACUUCUAGCUGCUUCAAGAGCUGGAUGGAGGACAGUUCAUGUUUUGAUCCGUCUUGGAGCUGAUGUUGAACUUAAAGAUGUUAACAAUCGUAAUGUUCUACAUCUAGUGGUGAUGAAUGGAGGACGCUUGGAGGAUUUUGCGGCUACUUGCAGGAAUCUUUGCGAAACUAGCCUAAUGAAGCUUCUUAAUGAGAAAGAUAACACCGGCUGUUCGCCGCUACACUACGCUAGUCGCGCUGGACACAUACGGUCCUUACAAAAUCUUAUAACACUCGGCGCUUGUGUUAACCUGAAGAACAACAACAACGAGAGUCCAUUACAUUUUGCUGCCAGAUAUGGACGAUACAAUACCGUGUGUCAGCUGCUUGAUUCAGAUAAAGGAACUUUUGUUAUUAAUGAGAGUGAUGGUGAAGGUCUUACUCCUCUGCACAUCGCCUCUCGCGAGGGUCAUACGAGGGUCGUGCAACUUCUUCUUAACCGUGGAGCACUGCUGCACAGAGAUCACAGCGGUCGCAACCCGCUCCAUCUGGCGGCUAUGUUUGGAUAUACGCAGACAAUAGAACUUUUACAUUCUUUUCACUCACACUUACUUGAUCAGUUGGAUAAAGAUGGAAAUUCGCCUCUACAUUUGGCUACUAUGGAAAACAAACCAAACUCAAUAGCAUUACUGCUAUCUAUGGGAUGUCGUCUGAGUUACAAUAAUCUAGACUUGAGCGCUAUCGACUACGCCAUCUAUUAUAAAUUCCCUGAAGCAGCUCUCGCUAUGGUAACCCAUGAGCAAAGGGCAAACGAAGUAAUGGCCCUACGUUCUGACCGAUACCCUUGCGUUACACUCGCACUCAUCGCUGGCAUGCCGAACGUAUUUGAGGCCGUACAGGACAAUUGUAUUACAAAAGCAAACUGCAAGAAGGACUCGAAGAGUUUCUACAUCAAGUACAACUUUCGGGUGUUUUGUCCGAAAACAAAAACCGAUGAUGAUAGCAACAGAAAGCCUGACAGUUCCCUGAAAUCCCAGAAUAUUCCCUUAGCAGCUCUGAACAUUAAGUACUCAUUCAGAUUCUACCAACAUACGAAGCAUGAAAUAGAAGCGCUGAGACAGGCGCGAAACGACCCAAACUUUCGUCCCGAACCGUUGAGUGUGAUCAACGCUAUGGUAGCUCAUGGUCGUGUGGAAUUGCUAGCUCAUCCCUUGAGCCAAAAAUACCUUCAGAUGAAGUGGAACUCGUAUGGAAAAUACUUUCAUCUCGCAAACGUACUGUUCUAUUGCAUUUAUCUAACUUUCGUCACUAUUUUCACUUACAAGUUAAUGGGUAAGCCUCUCGUUAAUGUGAACAAAUUCAAUGAAACUACUGACAUCGAUUCUGGAUACUUUUCAACAGACUUCGAAACUAUGAUCGCUAUCUACGCAAGCACGGUUGCCGUUCUUUUCUACAACUUCAUGUGUCUUAUACGUGAAUUAUGCAACAUGAAAGAGCAGAAACUGCACUAUAUUGUGGACCCUUCAAAUUUUGUUUCAUGGACUUUAUAUGUGAGCUCAACGCUAAUGGUACUGCCAACGAUAUAUCCAAUAUACGAAGAUAUACAGCUAUCAGCAGCGUCGAUAACAAUAUUUUUGUCCUGGUUUCAUCUUCUACUCCUUCUCCAACGUUUCGAUCAAGUCGGAAUAUACGUAGUUAUGUUCCUUGAGAUUUUGCAAACCCUCAUAAAAGUCUUGAUGGUGUUUUCGAUUCUCAUAAUGGCUUUUGGGCUAGCCUUCUACGUACUGCUAUCAAAAGUGGGUGAUGGCCAAAUGGUAUUUAUUAAAAGCAGCUGGACGACGUGUAACAUUAUUGGCCAGCACUUGUCAUUUAGCACAAUUCCAAUGUCUUUGAUUCGCACGUUCGCUAUGAUGCUCGGGGAAUUAGACUUUGUUGGAACAUAUGUACAACCAUAUUACAAAUCUGAAAGCGAAACCGACCUGCCAUUCCCACUACCAACAUUUUUCAUACUCGUGCUAUUCAUGGUAUUCAUGCCGAUCCUUCUGAUGAACCUGCUUAUCGGUCUGGCUGUUGGUGACAUCGAGAGCGUCCGACGCAACGCUCAACUGAAACGCCUGGCUAUGCAAGUGGUCCUGCAUACUGAACUGGAAAGGAAGUUGCCCAAGCUAUGCCUCGACAGAGUGGACAAGGACGAACUCAUUGAAUAUCCCAAUAAUAAGAAAUGUAAGCUCGGAUUCGUUGAUUUUAUCUUGCGCAAAUGGUUCUGCAACCCAUUUUCUGAUGAAGGCAAUAGCCUUGAUCUGGUUUUGGAGAACAGUGAGGAUUAUAUUGCAGCUGAGCUGGAUAAGCAAAAGCGUCGACUCCGGGAAAUGUCAAAAUCUAUCGACCAGCAAUACACUCUGUUACGGCUGAUUGUACAGAAAAUGGAGAUAAAGACCGAGGCGGAUGAUGUUGAUGAGGGCGUUUCCACAACGGAAGCUCGCGUCGUGCCACGCUGGAGCUCGCCUCGCAUCCGCAAGAAACUGCGCUCGGCCUCUUCCUUUAACAGAGGAGGUUAA